AUGAGUGAAUCAUCUCAAUCACUUUCACUAUUCCUCUUUGUUGGAUUCUUUUCAUUGUUUGUAAUGAUGAAUGGAUUGGAUCAACUAUCCAAUAAUACCAAAGAACAAGAAGAAGAGGAAGAAAAGGGACAACAUCAACAACGAUAUAGAAAUCAUAAUAAUAAUAAUAAUAAUAGUCCAAGAAAUAACAAUCAACAACGUCAACAACAACAAUCAUCACCAAAUAGAAUCAAUAAUAAUAAUAAUAAUAACGCAAAUCAAUCAACAUCAUGGUUAACAUACUUUAAAUCAUUCUUUAGUAGAUCCCAACAUAACUCUUCACAAACUAAUAAUAGUAAUAAUAAUUCACAAUCAUCAACUUCACCUAUAAAUAAUAAUAAUAAUUUAUUUGAAUCAAUGUUUGAAUCAAGAUAUUCAAAUUCAUCAUCUUCAUCUUUAUCAUCGUCAUCGUCGAUAUCAACAUCUUCAUCAUCACUGUCGUCAGGUGAACUAUUGCCAUCGGGAUCAUAUAUGCAAAAGGUUGCAGAGUUGGAAGAGAGACUACAAAACGAAGCAAAGUGUAGAGACGUUGAACGUCAAGGUCGAAUCAUUGCCGAACAAAAACUAUACAAUGAAAUGGCAUCGAAUCAAUUGCUGUCAGAGAAAUACGCAGAGAUGGAAGAGAUACAAAACAAGUUUUGGCAACUCUACUCUACCUCUAACAAAAAGGAAAAGAUUCUUCAAAACAAUUUGGAAACCAUCAAAGAACAAUUAUUGGCAUUGAUGGAUAAUUUCCAAAACUCUAUUUCAAAUCAACUUUUGACAGCAGAAGAAGAGUCAUCAAAUAGUUUGUUUGUAGAUGAAUCACAACAAGAGAAUCAACAACAACAACAACAACAACAACAACCAACCAUGUCAGUCAAUAUCGAUCGUUCAUUUGUCGAACAAUUUGAAUCAUUGGUACAACUAAUGAAAAGCACUGAAAACAAUGAAUCCAUUGUAUUAUUACAACAAAAACAAGAGGAUUUAUUUUUGUACAUAACUAAACAUAAUUAUAUUAAUCAAUACAAUCAUAAUAAUAAUAAUAAUAAUAAUAAUAAUAAUAAUAAUAAUAAUAAUAAUAAUAAUAAUAAUAAUAAUAACGGUAAUAAUGAUAUGAAUAAUAAUAUAAAUUCAAGUGAUACGGAAUCAAGUUCAAGUAGAUCAAGUAGAUCAAGUAGAUCAAGUUUUAGUAACAAUACCAAUAAUAGUAAUAACCAAAUGACAAGAAUUUCAUUUACAGAUAUUGUAGAAUAA